GUUUUCUGUCGAAAAAAUGAUGACUGUCCUAUUAAAUACGGAGAAAAGAAAACUAAGGAGAAAUGGAAUCUCACUGUACAUUACUAUUGUUUGUUGAUGUCAAGUGGAAUUUGGCAGAGGGGUAAAGAAGAAGAAGGAGUUUAUGGUUUUCUAAUAGAAGAUAUCAGGAAAGAAGUGACUAGGGCUUCGAAACUGAAAUGCUGUAUUUGCAAGAAAACUGGUGCUUCAAUUGGAUGUGUUGCACCCCGAUGUAAACGAAGUUAUCAUUUCCCAUGCGGACUUCAGAGAGAAUGUAUUUUCCACUUCACUGGCAAUUUUGUGUCAUUUUGUUGGAACCAUCGACCUGUUCAGAUAAUUAUAUCUAAUAAUUAUAGAGACUCCUUACCAUGCACCAUUUGCUUGGAAUUUAUUGAGCCUAUUCCAACUUACAGCAUAUUACGAAGUCCUUGUUGUAAGAAUGCUUGGUUCCACAGAGACUGUUUACAGGUUCAAGCAAUAAACGCAGGAGUGUUUUUCUUUAGGUGCACAAUAUGCAAUAAUAGUGAUAUAUUUCAGAAAGAGAUGUUGAGAAUGGGAAUUCAUAUUCCUGAAAAAGAUGCCCCUUGGGAAUUAGAGGAAAAUGCUUAUCAAGAGCUUCUGCAGCACUAUGAGCAUUGUGAUGUCCGAAGAUGUCGUUGCAAAGAAGGGCGAGACCAUAAUGUGCCUGACAGCAAAUGGGAAAUAAAGCGCUGUCAGUGUUGUGGUUCUCGCGGAACACAUUUAGCCUGUUCCUCACUACAAUCAUGGGAACAAAAUUGGGAAUGUUUGGAAUGUAGAGGUAUUCUUUACAAUUCAGGCGAUUUCCAAAAAGCCAAAAAACACACAUUACCCAACACUAAUGUGGGAAUAACUGAUUGUUUGUUGGAGGAAUCCUCACCUAAGUUACCCAGACAGUCUCCUGGAGCCCAGCGUAAAGAUCUGCUGAGGCAAGGCAGCAAAUUUAGAAGAGAUAUUUCGACUCUAAUAAUAGAGCUAGGAUUCCAAAUUAAAAAAAAAACUAAAAGAUUAUUUAUCAACAAAACCAAUAUCUGGAAUAGUGCCUUAGAUGGAUUCAGAAAUCAAAACUUUAAUCCUUCAUAUACAAUUGAAAUAGCAUAUGUUAAUGAAAAUGAUCAUUUUGGAAUUGAGAAG